AUGUCUGCUAUUGAAAAACCAGUUUUGAGAGGAUUUCUCAAACAGCGAACAAUUAAACAUGCUGUCUUGCUGGCUGGUCUAGCUAUUUUGACAACUUCAUCUGUGAAAAUUUUUGUUGGGGAAGCUCGAAAAAAGAGAUUUGAACAAUUUUACAAAACCUAUGAUCAAGAUAAAGAUUAUGUUCGUAUGAGAGAAGCAGGAGUCUUUCGCAGUGUUCCUCCAAAAGGAAACAAUGAACUGUGA